AUGGAUGGUCUAAUGACAUCAUUUGCUUCUGCAUCGGUUCAGCUAUUGAUUUCACCAAUAACAUUUGAUGAUAAAACAAGUGGCUGUUGCCUCAAGAUUGAAAUAUAUCGUUUUAGAUAUCAUAUGAUUGGAAAUUUGUUCAAAGAGCAAGUCAUAGACGUGGUCUGGUUUAAUCCUAGAAAGGCAACCAUAUCGAUAUUGCGUAUACAAAAAUCUGAUCAAAUGAAUCCAAAUCGAUUAAUUGGAUUAUUAAAAUCUCAGGAUGCACAAGGCAGUAGUCCACCAGUCAAAAAAAGUCGAAUAGACGAGCCAUGUCAGAUAGAACAUAUCUUGUUUCGUCCAAAUAUUGGAUCCGUUGAGAAAGUCACCAAGCAAAUGUGGGUAUAUGCCAGUCAAGAUGGAAUGGUUUUACGUGAUGUUUCAUAUGUGCCCCAAUUAUAUAAAAUUUUGAUGAAAUUCUUGUAAAUAUUGCUGAUGAUAAAAUUUGUGAUCAAAAUGACCAUUAUUAAAAUCGAAAUCAAUAUGGAAAGUGAUGAAAUAAUUUUUAACAAUGGCCGUGG